AUGUCCUCAAGAAAACAUCCAAGUCCAUCUAGCACCGAAGUUUACGCUAAUGCAAAUAAAAAAGUGCGAAUUUCUUCUAAUGCAUCUGAAUUUACUUUGGAUAAUGUACAGCAUUUGUCUUUCACUGCAUUGCCAGAUAACAUACUAAACAAGCAAUACACUUCCCCUGAUUAUAUUGCAAAUUUUCGAACUGCUUUUCGUAAUCGUCUUGACUUUUACGACCCUGAAACAACAAGCAAAGUUUAUUCACAUCCUUUUCCCAUUGCUGUACUUCCACGGUUGUUUUCUGACUCGUUUUUGGAAAAAGUGAAACAAGAAUUAGUAACGGAGGAAUUCACACCCCGUUCAAAUGAUCUUUACGAGUUUUAUCAGAGUAAUAGUCUAGAAGGGGUUGAAAAGACUUACUUGUCACAGUUGACAAGAGUUAUAUAUUCUGAAUGGUUUGCGAGGUUGAUUGGCGCAUUAACAGGGGUGGAAGUUGAUGGUGAGACGGUCGAUUUAUCGGCGCAUAUUUAUAAACAGGAGAAGAAAAAUGGUCACAUUGACUUGAGAAAACUGUUGAAUGAGGGAAAGGGUGGUAGGCGAAUCGCUUUCAUUAUUUAUCUGGUUGAUGAGAAUUGGGGAAAAGAGGAUGGAGGAACCUUGGAUCUGUUUGAUAUAGAUUCCCUGGGUCAUCCUAAUAAAGUGAAAAGGUCAAUAGUUCCAGAAUGGAAUUCAAUGGCAUUUUUUGAGGUAAGCCCCACCUCUUACCAUCAAGUUUCAGAAGUAGUAGCUCCCACGAAACCGCGAAUCUCGAUAUCGGGGUGGUUUCAUGGCUCACUUAAGAGUCGAUUGUCAAUCGCUGAAUAUCGGACGGUUGACGAAUUAUCACGUGAAGAGGAAGAUUUCGAUAUAUCGGAAUUUAUUAAUGAAGAAUAUUGUUCAGAUGAAGCGAUCGAUCGUCUUUUGAAAAUGAUUCAUUUGAGGGGAUCGGUGGAAUUGCGUGGGUUUUUAAAGGAAGAAGUAUAUGUGCGAUUAUUGGAAAGUCUAGCGAAAGAUGCCGAAUGGGACGAGAAUCCAAUUGGACCACCAUUCGUCCGAAAAUAUCAUUUAUUAAAAGAAAACGAUCGGGAUAAAAACAACAGUAGCAACAACAAUAACAAUAUAAAUCCCAUUAAUAAUCCCAACAGAAAUGAUGGACAAGAAAAUAACAUUAAUGAUAUUAAAGGGAAAUCGAAAGCUCCUCUCCCUGCGCCAUUUCAUACACGCGUCGAAAAAUUCUUUCAAUCGUCGGCUUUCCAAAUGUAUCUUGAGAAUUUGACGCAUCUCAAAUUUGGCGCCGUGUCAUCUGAAACGCGACAAUUUCGGCGCGGAAAUUAUAUAAUCGCGCAUGACCAAGCAGCUGAUCAUGCCGGUGUUGAUGUUGUAUUCUCAUGCAUACGAGAUAAGUGGGAUGAGGAAUGGGAAGGAGCUACGAUAUAUUACGCGGAGAAUAAGGAAUUGCCGGUGCACGUUCUAUGGCCAAUGAGAAAUACAUUAACCAUCACCGAGCGGAUUGAUGGAAUUCACAGGUUUCAGAGUUCAAGUGUUAUCCCUACCCUCGUCUACUUUGCAAUUUCUCCUAUAUAUAUGGCAACGUUGCCACCUAUCUCGUCGACAGGUUUCAAUGGUUCUAAUAAUAAUAAUGUUGGCGCAAGUAACCAUGGAAAUUGGCAACACGAUCUGCUAGUAAAACUGCUGGUACGAGACCGGAGAGAGAAAGCUUUUACGGACUUUGUCGAUUCAUAUAAUUCGCUCGUUCAAAAACUUGGUAAAUUUGCCGAUCAAAAUGGCGAGUUGGAAAGCACGACAAGAGCUGUAAAAGAAGAGAAUGCGGUUUUAUUACAAGAGGUGGCUACAUUACGGGAUCAAGGGAGCCCAUUAAAUCAAAAACGUACUGCUGAACUAGAAAAACAAAUCUAUGAAUUAAAAGAAGAGCGUGCUACUUUAUAUAAGACACAAGGACAGAAUGCACAACGUUUAGUGGACUUGAACGAUGUUUUGCGAAAAUCGGAAGAGACUGCAAAGAAAAAUAAUGAGGAAAUUCAACGACUGACCGAGACAAAUACAACUUUAAUGAAAAAGGUUGAAUCUCAAACCUUAGCUCUAGGAGAGAAAGAUGUGACAAUACAGAUCCUGCAAGACGAAUUAGCGACGCUUCAAUUAGAAUUAGUAAAAACGGAAGAACGAAUGAAAGAUCUCGAAAAAGAAAAUGGUCAAUUACUUCAACGUUGGCUCAAGAAAAUGAAUGAUGAAGUAGAGAAAAUGAAUGAAGCAAAUUCUGCUCUUGAUAUUCAUGCAAAGGCAUUAGAAGUUAAUAGUGGAGUUGUGAUCGUAGAGAAAGAACAAAUUGUUGCAAUGACAGAACCUACAACAGCAACAAUAAGUCCUAUGAGGAAUGAUAGAACACGCGGAAAAAGCGUUGGUCCUGUUACGAUACCAGUCGCGGCUUUCAGAAAAUUUACGGCACAUGAUGGCGAAAUACAUGCCAUAAAUUGCUCAACCGACGGUAAUUUGUUUGCUACUGGAAGUAGUGAUAAGACGAUUAAAGUAUUUGAUGCAAAGACAGGGAACUUAAAACAGACUUUAUCGGGGUCACUGCAAUCUAUUAUGCAUCUAUCAUUUAACAACACAAACGAUAUGAUUGCUGGUGCGUCGAAUGAUAAUUCAACUAGAAUAUGGGAUCUACGGACUGCUCGCAUAUGGCAUACAUUAACUGGACAUAUAGGAAAAGUUUAUUCCGCCAGAUUCAAUGGGGAUUCUACGAGAAUGAUAACAGGCAGUCAUGAUCGAACUAUCAGGGUUUUCGAUUUGAAUAAAGGAUAUUGUAUAAAGACGAUAUUUUGCUUCUCUAGCUGCAAUGAUGUUGUCUUAAUAGACGAGUCUGGAUCCACUCUGGCAAGCGGUCAUUUGGAUAAUAAUCUACGAUUUUGGGAUGUAAGAUCAGGAAAAGAUAUCAAAGAAUUGACGGGGAUUCAUCUUGGGCAAAUUACUUCCGUGGCUGUAUCUCCUGAUGGUUCUAAAGUAAUGACAAAUUCUAGGGAUAAUACAAUUAAGUUAGUUGAUCUACGGACAUAUGAAGUUGUACAGACAUUACACGCUGAUGGUUACAAGAAUGGGACAAAUUGGUCUCGAGCUUGCUAUAGUCCGGAUGGCCGAUAUGUAGCAGCAGGCUCUAUAGAUGGAACAAUAUAUUAUUGGAAUCUUUUUAAAUCUCGGUUAGAAAAGACCUUAAAAGAACACAGUGCACCAAUUUGUGGUGUCGCCUGGAGUCCACAAGGUAGUCAAGUGUUUAGUGCUGACAAAGACCGAACAGUUUGUAUUUGGGCGAGUGGAUUAAGAUGA